AUGAAGCUGUAUCACCUCACUUUCAUGAAGCAAAUUGCCAAUGACAUCGACAACGACAUCAAAAAUCUUGAACUAGAGAUAGAUGAGUUGACACCAAAAGUGAGCGGCUUCAUGUACCGUAUACUGAGACCUCGAGACUAUCGCAAGUCACUCAAUGAGAACAUCGAGAAGUUUGUGCGGCUGCUCAACCAGAUCAAAGUUCAUACAAAAUUCGAGAUGCUAGAAGAAAUCGAGAUUGACCAAGAGCUUAAGUCUUCUCUGUUUUAUAUCCAUGGUUACAACAAAGACUUCAAGGACGACAUGAAACCCAGCACCUACAAGCAAUACUCGCUUGAUAUUUCCCCUCAUUUGCAAAACCUGAAGACUAGAUUAUCUUCUUAUGUCGUCAGUCAAGUGACUAAACUUCGAGAACUUGACCACUCCACAAGCCCUGCUCCCACGCCAAUUGAAGUCGCGAUGGAGCGCGACGCGUUUGUCUACGUUCAGCAGCUCUACAAUGAUAUAAAAAACACACUGAGCAACGUGAAGCUCGAAGCGCCGCAGCCCUCAGAAUCGUCGCAAACCACUGCUUCCGUCCAAGAUGAACCAGUAGUCUUCAAGAACUACUGGCAGCUACUGGGUGAGGACAUCGAAGCACUCGAUGCUAUUCUGCGAAAGACCAAAACUUUGCCGGUACUAGGAAACACCGAACUGCAACUCUCGCCUGAUCAUAUCAAAGGCAAUAUCAUUACCACUCUCACUGAGCUGCAGACUCAGUUAUUCGUCUUCGAUUGGGAUAACGAACACAGCAAGGGAGAUUUUGAUGCUAUCAUGAGGCUAAGUGAAAAGCUUGGGUCUCAACUAUUUCCUUCUCAACCCAAAGCUCCAAAGCCACGGCGCAAAACACCCGUUCGUCGAGCUGCGCCAAUCCGCCGAGCGAAACGAGGUAGGGACGAUGCUGAUACCGACGAAGAGCAUGUUUCUUGGACUCUCAACCCGGCUGAGGUGUACAUGGAGAUGAAGCUCGUGAAGAAGGAUGGAGAUAGUUGA